UUCUGUCAUGCAGUAUCUGUUUCUCAGAGGAACGCAAGUUUAUAAAAUGGCUCUUAGAUGGCUUCUGUACACAGUUUGCCAUCUUGUGGGGUACCCUACAAAGGAAGAGGAGUGCAAGGAGAAUGAAGGGUACCCUAAUGGAGAGGUGAAGAGGGUGAAGGGGUUUGAAAUGCCACUUCACUAUCCGCGCUACACCAGAGAGGAGUAUGAGAGCAUGGAGGAGUGGAAGGUGGAGUUGCUUCUGAAGCAAUAUGGAUUAAGUUUGAAGGGUAGUGUUGAAGAGAAAAGAGUUUUUGCAAUGGGAGCAUUCUUGUGGCCAUGAUCAUCAUCAUCAAAUGUCAUUUUUUCUCUGGAAAAAUCUGUGGUAGAUGCUGGUGAUGUACUUGACCGUGGUAUAUGAUGAUGAGGCACGUGAAUAUAUAAUAAAAUGAUAAUGCUGUCGUAAUAUAUGUGUCGUUGUCUAUUUACCCUUGUAUUUGUCGCUGUGUUAAUGUAUGGUUCAUGUGGUCUUGUUUUUUGGUUGAGGUGGUUGAUGCUGAUACGUGUCGGUAACGUGGCAGUUCUGUUUCCACGUAUACCCAAUAAUAACACUUGAGAUUAAUGAGUUCUUUUUUA